AUUCUCCUGUAAUCUGCACAACGGAAGUAGACUGGUCACAGCCAAGAUACGUGCAAACACAGACGCUCUACGCUUAUGGAGUGCUGCGCUCUUAUUCGACCUUGCGGAUCUUCAACACACCAAUUUUGACACAACCUCCUGUAUCCGUAUCCGAAUCGAACAUUGGGUAUUGCGGCCACAGGAAAGCAGAGCGUCAGUGAACGAGUGCGACAUUGAUCUACUAAGCUGAUUACAACCUUGCACGCAAUCCGCCUCCUUAUCAAUUUCCAGGGGGAUAUUUUGGGCGCUGCUAACCCAUCCUUGCAUUUCAUACAAAAGCACUUCAAAUAUCUCGCAGGCCACCGCCUACCUUACUCCGAACAGCCAACUCCCUCUUGCGUCCCAUCAAACUUUGGACAACGCAUUCGCGCGAAAGAAGACCACGGAAGGAACUCAAAGAUCGAAUUUGCCAUUAAGCCACCUCAUUCAAUAUCUCUCUUGAGCUAUGGAGAAUGACCCGGAAUCGAACCCACCGCUCGACCAUCUAAAGACCGCCGACCAGGUCGCUCAAGAUGCGCAGGAUCUCGCUUACCUCGGCCAUGACCAGGCCCUUUCGCGGAAGUUCAGCACGAUGAGCAUGCUCUUUCUCGCGAUUUCUGUCCUGGGAACCUGGUCUACAUUCGCGCAAGGACUUUCGAGUGGUAUCACCAGCGGCGGACCAGUUGCCAUCCUCUGGGGCCUCGUCCUAGUCCUAUUUUGCAACAUUUGCGUGGCUGUAUCAUUGGGAGAGCUCUGCAGUAGUAUGCCAACAGCACUCGGACAGGCGUACUGGAUAUUUCGUCUGUGGCCGUCUGGCCGCUUUGUGUCCUACCUCUGCGCAUGGAUCAAUACUUUUGGAUGGUGGACACUUUCUGCCUCACAAGUUGCUUUCAUGGCCAAUUUCAUCUUGAGCAUGAAGGUCAUGUUCGUACCGGACUGGUCCGAGGUUGGUGUUGGGUGGAUCAACUUUCUUCUCUAUCUUGCCGUAACUCUUGUGGUAACGGUCGCCAAUCUCGUUGCCUGUAGGAAAGAUGCUAUCCUACCAGCCUUCAACAACUUUGUCGGAAUCUGCUUUAUCGGACUCUUUUUCAUCUUCAGUCUGGCACUCCUCAUCUCCGUCGGAGUAAGGCCAAACUUGGAGUUCCAGCCAGCCUCAUUCGUCUUUGGACGAUGGAUCAACCAGACGGGUUGGGGAGACGGUGUUACCUGGUUCACAGGCCUUCUUCAGGCUGCAUACGGGUUGACGGCCUUUGACUCGGCCGUCCAUUUGGCUGAAGAAAUUCCGGCACCACGCAAGAAUAUUCCACGCGUCAUUUGGCUCUCAGUCAUCCUGGGAGCUCUUACCGGCUUUAUCUUUAUGGUGGUCUGUUUGUUCUGUAUCCAGAACCUCGACACCAUCUUGAACCCUCCUACCGGUCUCCCUUUCAUGGACCUGGUUCAUGAGGCUAUCGGAUUGCAGGGGGCAACUGUACUGCUAUCACUUUUCAUCUUCAACGGUCUUGGUCAAGCUAUCAGCAUUGUCACCACCGCCUCUCGUCUGACCUGGGGAUUUGCGCGAGAUGGCGGGAUGCCCUGGAGCAGCUACUUCUCUGGUGUGAAUGAGGCUUGGCGAGUGCCGGCGCGCGCAUUAUGGCUUCAGGGAGCCAUUAUUGGCGUGGUUGGCGUGCUCUAUUUGUUUGCCAACACGGUGCUUGAGGCGAUUCUCAGUGUCAGCACAAUCACCCUUACGAUAUCCUACGGGAUGCCCAUCCUGACUCUCCUUCUCGUCGGGCGAGACAAGCUUCCGCCUGGAGAGUUCAAAUUGGGGCGUUUUGGGCCUGCAAUCAAUUGGAUCUCCGUCAUCUACUGCGUUAUUACUACGGUCUUCUUCUUCUUUCCAUCGGCUCCCAAUCCAGCACCGGCAGAUAUGAAUUACGCCAUCGCAGUCUUUGGGGUCAUGAUGGUGGUGACUCUGGGUUUCUGGUUCAUCAAGGGGCAGUACACUUAUCUCAAGACUGAUGACGCAGCCGAGCGAAUCAUUGAGGCACAAAAUGCCGAGGUGACUACUGCUCCCAUUCCUCGCAAGAUUUAGGCGCGCUCUGCGAGCACAAAGCUGGAAUGUCGCCGUUGUUAUCUUGUAUUGUAAUAAUCUUUGAACAAUAUCAUUCGUAGCACUAGAUUCAAUGCUGUGUACUUCAUUAACCUCG